AUGGGGAUCCUGUCGAGGCACCCGGACCACGAGGAGGAGGAGGAGUACGACGAUGCCCUGUUCUACGAGGACAUUCAGGCGCCCAAGUUCGUUGACUUCACCGCGCCCGACGCCGGCCGCCCUGACGACGACCCCGCCUGGUUCUGCCUCCGAGUCGGUUGCGACCAGAACCAUGAGCAGGUCGAUCCGGAGGCCCUGGACAGGAGCUUCUUUAUGCGGGUCAUGGCGGCGAGAAGCCCCAACGUGCGGCUACAGAAGGCUAUCAGCAGGAAGAACCAGAGCUCGAUGCUGAAAUGCCCGCACUCUGCGCCGCCGAAGCCUCCGAGGGCUCGGUUCGCGAGGCUGAGUGCGGAGACGGAGGCCGCGGAGAAGGCACCGGCGAAGCCCAAGCCAAGGGUCCAGCGGAUCUGCGCCCUGCGAGCAUCCCCAAUCCGUACCAAGGCUGUGAGGGUGGAAUGUCCCAGCGAGAGGAAGAAGGCACUGACAACGCCGCGGAGCAAGUCCGUCCGGCCGAGGCCGGAGCUGUUCCACAGCGUGAAGCACCAGAAGGAGCCGUUCGCCGCUGCGGCCAGGAAGGGGACGGUCGUCAAGGCUCUGUUCAUGAGCACGCCAAAGAAGGAGCCGGUCCAGACGCCGGCGGCAGACAAGGGCAAGGAGACUGUGUCCGAGGCCUGUUCCAAGCCGAGGAAGCUGAACUUGGCGUGCCGGGAGGUGCCGAGCAGGUACAUGAAUCAGAAGAAGAAUCCGAAGGCUGCCAAGAAGGGCGAGGAGACGACGGUGGCCAAGAGCGAGAAACGGGGGCAGGAAUCCAAGAUGAAUGCCAAGAAGAAAAUUUUAGUACGCUCAGUGAAGUGUGCUAAUGCCGAAUCUGAUAGAAAGAACCGAAAUGGUUGCAGCAGCACUGUUGCAGACGAGAACUCACUCGCAGAAACUGCUAGCUCCGAUCAGGAAAGGAAGGUGGUGCUGCAGGAAUUGAGAAUUGAGGUGGAUACAUCGCGAUCUGACAAUUCCGAUGACAAUAAGGAGAAUCUGUCGAGUGCUCCGACUGAAGAAGCAUUGGACAGUUCACAUUCUGAAAUUGAAAACAGACAGUUGGAGAACAAUGAGAAUGUUCCUCUGAAGGAGAAUGUUGCUCUGAAGGUGGCUAAAUUGCAGAGCAAAGUGCAUCAAGAGCAAGCAGGAAAGCUCAAGAAAACUACCAAUCCUAGGCCAUUCAGGCUAAGGACUGAUGAAAGAGGAGUGCUUAAAGAAGCAAAACCAGGGAAAAGGCAGCCGUUCGCUGAGAAUAACUCCAUGGCAGUACUCAAGGAUUCGAAUAGAGGAGUGACAGUAAGUUCAUCAGCUUCUAGACGCCCAGCAUUUUCAAGUUUCAACAGCCAGGUCGCUGACUGCUCUGUAUGUUUGCAAUACAAUGCAGCAAAUGGACAAACACACCCAUGGCAAGGACGAGACAAGCCGACCUGCGGCAAGAAACAGAAGAAACAAAGCACCCAGAUUGUAACGGGUCAGCAGCAGCUAGGUGAGUCCAGGCCGGCCUUCAACAGCAUCCAAUGCAAAACUGUGAAACCGCAGACAGUUUCUAGGGUUGCUGCGUCAUCAUCAACACGAACAACCAAAACAGCAAGUGGCCUUAUGGCACCUUCCCGGGUUGGGAAGGAGAGGAAGGCUACCGUGAAACUGUCGAGAUUCCAAACAACAGUUGCUUGA